GCUCCCGCGCCAAACAGAAGCGUGAUCGGUCCUGCGCUCGCUGUCUCUGCGGAAGUGUGUUUAGGCGCACCGGAAACCGCUAGGGGGGAAGGAUGGCGGGCUUGCCUGUGCGAGACCCUGCGGUGGAUCGUUCUCUACGUUCUGUAUUUGUGGGAAACAUUCCUUAUGAAGCUACUGAGGAACAACUGAAGGACAUCUUCUCUGAGGUUGGACCAGUCGUUAGUUUCAGAUUGGUAUACGAUAGGGAGACAGGAAAACCAAAGGGUUAUGGCUUCUGUGAAUACCAAGACCAAGAGACAGCACUUAGUGCCAUGAGGAACUUGAAUGGGCGCGAAUUCAGUGGGAGAGCACUUCGAGUGGAUAAUGCUGCUAGCGAGAAGAACAAAGAAGAACUGAAGAGCCUUGGCACUGGUGCACCUGUCAUUGAGUCACCUUAUGGAGAGACCAUCAGCCCUGAAGAUGCCCCUGAAUCCAUUAGCAAAGCAGUUGCCAGUCUUCCACCAGAACAGAUGUUUGAGCUGAUGAAACAAAUGAAGCUCUGUGUCCAGAAUAGUCCCCAGGAAGCACGAAACAUGUUGCUUCAGAAUCCACAGCUGGCUUAUGCUUUGCUACAAGCACAGGUAGUGAUGAGAAUUGUGGAUCCAGAGAUUGCCCUGAAAAUCCUGCAUCGACAGACAAAUAUCCCAACGCUGAUAUCAGGCAACCCUCAGCCAGUCCAUGUUGCUGGGCCUGGCUCGGGACCCAAUGUUUCAAUGAACCAGCAGAAUCCUCAGGCCCCCCAGGCUCAAUCUUUGGGUGGAAUGCACGUCAAUGGCGCACCUCCUCUAAUGCAAGCUUCUAUGCAGGGUGGAGUUCCAGCCCCAGUGCAAAUGGCAGCUGCUGUAGCAGGACCUGGCCCUGGCUCCCUAGCCCCUGCAGCAUAUCUUGCUCCUUUGAGGAAAAGAGAAUUAUUGCUAUGUGGAAGGGACCAGACAAGGAUUUGUGGAGUAAUGCAAGCCCAAGUUGGGAUGCCAGGAGGUGGACCAGUGCCCAUGGAACGAGGACAAGGAACCCUACAGCACUCGCCCGUGGGACCUGCCGGGCCUGCAUCUAUUGAGCGAGUUCAAGGGCAGAGAACAUGGAUGAUAUGGGCAUCUGUCCGAGGCUGUACUCCCUCCCUACUGGUGUCAGGAGGCUUGGAUGGAAUAGCAGUGUUGCCAAUGCAAGACCCCAGAGCAGCUAUGCAGCGGGGAUCCUUGCCUGCCAACGUUCCAACUCCUCGUGGUCUGUUAGGAGAUGCUCCCAAUGACCCACGGGGAGGCACUUUACUUUCUGUAACUGGAGAGGUAGAACCUAGAGGUUACCUCGGACCACCACCACCUCAUCAGGGUCCACCCAUGCACCAUGUUCCUGGCCAUGAAGGUCGUGGACCACCCCCACAUGACAUGAGGGGUGGCCCAUUAGCUGAACCUAGACCUCUAAUGGCAGAGCCAAGAGGACCCAUGCUAGAUCAGAGGGGUCCACCCUUGGAUGGCAGAGGUGGAAGAGAUCCCCGAGGAAUAGAUACACGAGGGAUGGAGGCCCGAGCCAUGGAGGCCAGAGGUCUAGAUGCCAGAGGACUAGAGGCCCGUGCCAUGGAAGCUCGUGCUAUGGAGGCUCGUGCCAUGGAAGCCCGUGCCAUGGAGGCCCGUGUGAUGGAAGUCCGUGGGAUGGAGGCCAGAGGCAUGGAUACCAGGGGCCCAGUACCUGGCCCGAGAGGACCUAUGCCUAGUGCAAUGCAGGGUCCCAGUCCAAUGACCAUGGGGGCUGUUGUUCCCCAGGGAUCCAGACAGGUCCCAGUCAUGCAGGGAGCAGGCAUGCAAGGAGCGAGCAUGCAAGGCACAAGCCAGCCUGGUGGCUUUAGUCCAGGACAGAGCCAAGUCACACCCCAGGAUCAUGAGAAGGCUGCUUUGAUUAUGCAGGUCCUUCAACUGACCGCAGACCAGAUUGCCAUGCUGCCUCCUGAGCAAAGGCAGAGUAUCCUAAUCUUAAAGGAACAAAUACAGAAAUCCACUGGAGCACCUUGAAAGGUUUUCAAAAAUACCUGGCAACAAAUCUGGAAAUAUAAUUCUAUAACAUUGUUGAAAUGUUGAAAAUGUGGUGAUUUCUGCAUCCUAACCCCCAGUGACUCAAAUUAGUGCCAGGUGGAGGACUCACAUCGCCUUCUCUCCAAAUGAAAGCAGUUCAUGUUGUUGUCUUAGUUUGUAUAUUUUCUGUGACUUGAAAUAAAUUUUGAACACAAUUUUAGUAUACCACAAAUUGAUACAUAUGACCCUUUCGCUUUUAAGAAGCGAAAUACCAAGGGUAAACCUUAGAUGUAUUUCUUACCCUUACUACAGCAUUAUACUUAAUGUUAUAUUGCUAUAGCUCUGUUUUUGCUUUAGCCUAAACAUUUAUUCUUCUUGGUGGUAUUUAAGAGUUUCUCAGAAGCAGUAUUUUCCAGAACUUUGUUUUUGGCGAAUUUGCUUCCGGUGAGAUAAGGCUUUGCCCUUUGAAAACUUUCUAGAUUUUCUGAAUCUUCAGAGUCUGAAGAAAACAUGUGCUUGGAGCCAUAAAAUGGUCAAACAAAGCAAAUAGCAUACUACAGUAGUGUGUUUAGGAAAAUCCAAUUAUCAAAAUGUAUUGUUUUGGUCAGUAGCUGAUCUGAACAUUAUAGCUCAGAGUUAAGACAAAGGUUGUGUUGGCACUGUUUUGUGUAUGUGUCAACAACCCAUGUUAUUUUUCGUGUGCUCAAUUUUAAUAAGUGAAAUCAAAUGAGCAAAAUAUAUUUCAUCCUAUCUUGCAGAAAGUCACAAACCUUGCAGCCCUACCAUAGUACCAGACUUACCCCAGGAACUUCAAACAGAAAAAAACUUUUACAUUCUUCUCAGUUCUUUUAAGAGGACCAAGUAUAGAGCACAGGGUGGGGCAGGGGGGCAGGUAAGAUUGCCCAAUAAGAGUUGCCUGCUUCCUUGCAAGUAGGGGUGAAGGUAAUUAGUGCCAUUAGCUAACUCUAACAUGUAGGGUAUCCUUGCCUUGUGUUCUCCUAUAAUAGCAUUAAGGAGGAAUGUGAUUUCUGUCCAUCAGGUCAACCUCAAGAGACAAAGAGUUGCCUUAAUAGUAAAGUUUACUGGAACUACUUUUGAGUGUAUUUAUAUUCUCAGAACUCUACCUUUGGGUUAAGUGAAUUAAAAUCGUGACAUAUGCUUAUAGAGUGUGAUAUCAUAUUGCUUACAUGUCAAGCAAAAGAAUGCAAAGAUAAGAUCAUGAUAUUAAAAUUAAGGGAUUUUUCUAAACAUAUAAUCAUUUACAAAUGAAAAUUUGCUGAAUAUGUCAUACUAUAACUGUCAAGAAAAAAAUGCAAAAUAGCUAAGAACUCCCUGGGUAUCCUGCUCAUACCCAAUUCAACUGUGAUGUUAAUUAUGUAUAGAGUUCGUUGUCUUCAUUACCUUUUCUGCCUUCUUCAUAAAUGAGACAUUGAUGUGUUGACUUUGGCAGCCGUCAUCUCUUAAAGUGUCAAUAUAUUUGGACAUGGAAACCAAGAGUAAAGCAUUUCUAGUUAGGAACUCAGAUUUCACAUAACAGGUUCCAAAUCAAAGUCACUGGAGAUGAAAUUAUUUGGUAAGCAGGUGUCUUAUAGGAACUGUAUCCUAGGAGUUCCAUUUUCCCAAAGCCUCAUUAAACUUAAUUUGGUUAACCGACAUUCAGGUUCAUAAAGAAAACAGCUGAGGCAUGCCAAUGUAUCCCUAUGGAAACAUCAGUAUUUUUACUGGUAUAAUAAUACAAUUAGCUACCACAAGUCCAUGACCUACCUUUAUUGUGUUCAGACUGGUGAUUGAGAAAUUAUUUCACUAAUCUUUGAAACUACAGGUUCCUAGAUGAUUGGAAACAACCAUUUGUUCAUUCUUGAUCAAUAAAUGGUAGAAAAUAGGUGAUCUAGUGUUAAAUCUACAGAAACAAUCUGAUAAAUCUAUAAUGAGUUUAAUUGAGCACAUGAACUGUGGGAUUUUUCUCCCUCUGGAGAAUCUGGGGCUUCUUUCCUAGUGAUUCACUGUGACUCACAUCCCAGAACAGCUGUGGUUAUUGUGCUUAAGUUGGGUAGAUGGGAAAUACGGACAUUGUUAUAGAAAGAAAGAAUGUGACAUUUAGUGAAUGCUUCCUCAAUGAAUAGGUAGGAUCUGGAAAACAUCAAAAUUAUGAAUAUUUUCUUUUUACGUGACAUUCAAAAAGUCCUUUAACAAAAAAUAAGAAAGAGCUUCUAUUGAUGGGAUAAGUCAUCCCCUGGUAGAGGUCAAACCUACCUGAUUAUUUCCAACAAUGAAAGAUGACAGUAUGCUUCCAGUUGUAAUACAGUUUUGAUUACAACUAAUAAAUUUCAAAUGGAACACCCAGGAAAAGUAAGAUGUGUUUAAUAAACAAAGAUGAAUCUUUCUCUUUUUGACAAGCAAAAAUAAAGUGUAAGUUGCUGGUCACACUGGAUAAGAUUAUGUUUAACAGAAUGUACCUAGUGUGUAUGAUGUGGAGAUGGGACUCUUGGUAAUUGUAUGUCCAUUGCCUAUUAUUUAUGAUUAUUGUUUUGUUAUUGAUUCAAUAAAUCUUUAUUUUAAAAGUCA